AUGGACAAUCAACCCAUCGAAAGGGCUCCCAACCCAAUCUUCCUAAUGGGAGAGGAUCCUGGCAAGAUACCAACCCAGGCUCCCCGGGCAAUGCCUGAAAUUCCUGAUUUCAGGCCUCGCGAAAAAGAAAUCGACCCAUUCCGCCGCGCUAAUAUAGACACAGAUAUCACUCGCGUCCAUAACCUCAUGAUGCGUGACUUUCUCUGUGCUAGUUACGGCGUCCCCGAGGGAGGAGAAAUCCCCGAACGUGAAGAGGGUGACAAACCGAUUACUUCUACCCAGUUAUUGGCACAAGCUGCUGGGCCGGUCAUCGACGUACCCGUUGGGCCCCAAACGCCGGGAGAGCCUGUGCCGGUGGCCAAAUUCAACCUGGACUCCAUGUACCCCUUUACCGGGGAGCAUAAGCGAGAGAUGGCCUGCUGGCGCAGAAUCAUGGAAUCUCUACCACACACUCCUCCUGAGCUGGUUGCCUACUACGCCAACCUUGCGGCAUCCUUCGAAGCCGGCGAACCGGAUGACGAACCGUCAGAGCAGUUGAUUGCUCUUUUGCUUGAAAGGUUUAGUUUCAACGACUCUUCUGAGGAAGAGGACGACUGUUGA